CGGGGGGGUGGUCUGCAAGGAUCCUCGCGGCCGGGGCUGCUGCUUUCCGUGUUUGUCCGCGUGCAUCAGUUACGAAGUGUGCCGCGAGGCCGGACAGCCGCGGCUUCCCUCGGACCUGGGACUCCGAGUCGAUUCCCUUCCUCAUGGGACUGGUAAUUUUUACGUGCGGAGACGUCUUUGCGCCCUGCAUUUUCUCCGCAGACCAUGCUGGGUUUCCUUCUAAAGUAUCCCCCUAUCUUUAUCUCCACGCUCCGGGUUAGCGCUCAGAUGGCAAAGCCCCUUUGCGUAGGGUUUGCGGGGUCCUGCCGGAAGUAAUGCGGGCUUGGGAUGCUGUCUUAGGGACAGGGGAGCUGAGCGGAUGUCAAGGGAGACUGACGUGAAUACACACGGAGUUAAGCCCUGGUGUAGUCUUGUAUACCGUCUUAUUGUUUACUUCUGUCUGGGAAUUAAAAUACUUUGAAUUAGUUAACAGUCCUGUAACUUUUUAUUUUAUUCAGGCAUAGACAUAUGGGACAGGAACUAGUUGGUAGAUGCCUGAAUUUGUAUCCCAGUCAGAAUUUAGGAUGACAGAUUGAUAAUCACUGGAUUGAGUAUAUGGGAAACAACAAAUGAACGGGGGAAAAAAAUGAGGAACACAGGGAUUUACUUUAUACCAAUUGUACUCGACCUUGAUGUUUACUAAAAAAUGUUUAAUUUUGUGUCAUAGGCUUGUUGUGGUCAGUUCUCAUUCCUCACUGAGCUGGCUUCUCAUCCGUGAAAUGCAAUGAGUGCCCUAAUCAACACAGUCAUCUAUGAAAUCACUUUUUAAACAUUAAGGCAGAGAGUAUGUUAUUCCAUCCCUGGCCCACAGAUUUAUGGCAGAGAUGGUAGAUUUCUUUAUUCUCUUCUUUAUAAAAGCAACCAUCGUUUUAAGCAUUAUGCACCUGAGUGGAAUCAAGGAUAUCUCUAAGUUUGCUAUGCAUUAUAUAAUAGAAGAGAUAGACGAAGACACGUCAAUGGAAGACUUGCAGAAGAUGAUGGUUGUGGCUCUUAUAUACCGACUAUUAGUUUGUUUCUAUGAGAUAAUUUGCAUCUGGGGAGCAGGUGGCGCUACCCCAGGGAAGUUCCUGCUGGGGCUUCGUGUUGUGACGUGUGACACAUCAGUACUUAUUGCACCAAGUCGGGUUUUAGUGAUUCCGUCCUCAAACGUCAGCAUUACGACGUCCACCAUUCGAGCUUUGAUCAAGAAUUUUUCUAUUGCUUCUUUUUUCCCUGCUUUCAUCACACUGCUGUUUUUUCAGCAUAAUCGAACAGCCUAUGACAUUGUGGCAGGAACCAUUGUGGUCAAAAGAAACGGAGUCAGAUGAUGCCAGAAAAAGCCCUGAAUUCCAUGUGGUCUGGAAUAUUGACAAGACUAAAUUAUGUAUUGAGGCCAUCAGUAUCCCUGGGUUUCAUUAAUUGAUGAUUGAGAAAUUAAAGCAGUCGCUCCAGUGUGAUGCAGGUGACUAUUCUGAAAGUAUUGAUUUCCUUGAAUGCCAAAGAACUUUUCCAGAAGAGAAACAAUACCUGUUAAAGUGU